AUGGGACGUCGUGAAGGUAUAUAUUAUUAUCAUGAAGUUUUACCACCAUUAAGAGAAAAAGUUUCUGAUUGGUUAAAUACACCUUUAUUAAGAAUUAGUUUUCUGAUUCAUGCAGGUUUAAUUCUUAUUAUCCUUCGUCUUAUUGUAGAUUUUUUUUUACAUACUCGAUUUGUAAAAGUCUAUUUCCGAAAUAAGUCAUUAAAGGUAUUAUUUUAUCAAUUAAAAAAUCGAUUACAGGGAAAGGCUUCCCUUAAGUUAGAAGAAAUUACAGAUAUUGAAUUAAAAGAAAGAUUAGAAAUAUUGUUAGAAUGUCGUGAACAAAAUUUAACUUUUCAUUUUACAUCUAAAAAGAAGACUGAAGGUUUAAGGCAAGUUGUAGAUUUUAUUCAAAAGUUCAAACAAAAUGAGUUGCUGGAGAUUGUAAAGAAAAAAAAGAAAAAUCAACUUAAAAAUGAAAACAAAGAUACAGUGGUUAAAAAAAAUAAGAAAAAAGUGAAGAGUCAGAAUAAUGAUGAUGAGGAGGCAAAUAGUUCUGAGGAGUCAACAAGAAAAUCAAAAGAAGAAAGGAGGAUAAAUUCAAAAAAACGUAAAGGUAAAAAUAAUAGAAGAUCUAAACAAGAUGACACUGAUAAUAAAAGUGAAAAUAAAAAUGAAAGUGAUAGUGAAAAUAAAUCAGAUGGAAAAAAUAAAAAAGUUAGUAGAAAAAGUAUUAACGAAGAUGAUAAAACCUCAGAAGGUAACAAGAAAACAGAUUCAAAUAUUAAUACAAGUUUAACUAUUGAUGUAACACAAGAAUUGGACACUAACCAAAUAAAGAAUAUUUAUUCAUUAAAAGAUUUAGUAACCUGUAAAAGUGAAGACGAUUUCUUUGAUAAUAAAGUUAUAAAAGAAAAUAAGAACAUUGUUCUUGACCUUAUAAAUAAAAGUGUUAGAAAAAGAGCAUCAGUAAUUGAUAUAAAAAAAAAUAAAUUAAAAAAUAAUGAAAUUGAAAAUGAUAAACCAUUUUUAAUUGUGGAUUCUACCCAAGAUGCAAUACGGGUUCUUAAACUUAAUACAAAUCUAGCAGAAUUAAAGAAUAUUAUUAUAAAAGAAUUUUAUUAUUAUUUAUUGUUUUAUUAA